AAAAAGUUGGAGAAGGCGAAUAUAUAUAAAAACAAGAAUGAGAAAACAAAUAAGACAAAGGAUGAAAAUAAAAGUAGUGAAAUAUUAAUGGCGAAGUGUAUGGUGGCAGAUGCACAUUGAAGAAGUUCAAUAAAAGGGGGGAUUGUUUCAGUUGGGUAGGUCUACCUUUUCAUAAUGCUUUCAAUACAAAGUUUCAAAUUUUAACCCACCCUUCUUCUCUCUCCCUUAUUCAAUCCCAAAACUUAAAUCUUUGAAACUGCAUGACUAUACAUGAAUAAAAUGCAGCCAAUCAUGCUGAAUGAUCAAAAGGCUCUCUGAGCAAUUCAUUCAUUCAUUUCACCAAUCUUUCUCUUCUUAUCAUUCCCACAGAAAGAGAGGAACAAGUCAUUUUCCAACUUCCUUCCUUUUCUUCUUUCAGCAUAUGAUAUCUAUGGGUAGUAUUGGGAGAAAGAGAAGGUGUUCUUGUUUUUCCAAUCAUCAUCUUCCUCUUUUGACUUUCUUCAUGGCAAUACUUGUACAAAAGGGUGUGUCUGAAUCCAACAUUAAUCAAAAUUAUACAAAGUAUAGACAAAUUAGUAGCUUGAGGCUUGAAAGGAUUAGUAGGCACUUGGAUAAGAUUAACAAGCCUCCUGUUCUCACCAUAGAGAGCCCAGAUGGAGAUCUUAUAGAUUGUGUCCAUAAAAGAAAACAACUAGCUUUUGAUCACCCACUUUUAAAGAAUCACAAGAUCCAGAAAAGUCCAAAGGAGAUGCCAAGAGGGAUGAAAGUAAAAAGAGAUAGUAAUAAGGAGACGUGGCAAAUGUGGCAUAAAAAUGGGACAAGGUGUCCAAAAGGAACGGUUCCAAUAAGGAGGAGUAGAGUGAAUGAUGUGUUGAGAGCAAAGUGUUUGUAUGAGUAUGGUAAGAAAAUUCCAUUCUCUCGCCGUAGUGAUGCUCCUGAUGUACUCUCUACCAAUGGUCAUGAGCAUGCGAUAGCUUACACAGGAUCAUCACAAGAAAUGUACGGUGCAAAAGCAUCAAUAAACGUAUGGGAUCCAUCUAUUGAAGUGAUGAACGAGUUCAGUCUUUCACAAAUUUGGAUCCUUUCUGGAUCAUUCGAUGGUCCUGAUCUUAAUAGCAUUGAAGCUGGAUGGCAGGUCAGUCCGGAGCUUUAUGGUGACAGCAGACCCAGGUUAUUCACUUAUUGGACGAGUGACUCAUAUCAAGCAACCGGAUGUUACAAUCUUCUUUGUGCUGGUUUUAUUCAAACUAAUAGCAAGAUAGCCAUUGGAGCUGCCAUUUCUCCUGUUUCUUCUUAUGCUGCCAACCAAUUUGACAUUACAAUCCUCAUUUGGAAGGAUCCAAAAGUAGGGAAUUGGUGGAUGAGUUAUGGCGACAACACAUUGGUAGGGUAUUGGCCAGCCGAACUAUUCACACACUUAGCGGAUCAUGCCACCAUGGUGGAAUGGGGUGGCGAGGUGGUCAACUCAAGGUCCAACGGCCAACACACCUCCACGCAGAUGGGUUCCGGCCACUUCUCCGAGGAAGGAUUCGGAAAAGCAAGCUAUUUCCGGAACCUUCAAAUUGUUGACAUUGAUAAUAGUCUUAGCUCAGUGCAAAGCAUAUCAACCUUAGCUGAAAAUACAAAUUGUUACAAUAUUCAAAGCUCCUAUAGCAACGAAUGGGGAACAUACUUCUAUUAUGGUGGGCCUGGGAAUAAUCCUAAGUGUCCAUGAUUAUUAUUUCACGUACAUAUCAAUUCAAUUCAACUAAUAUCUUUUCUUCUUCUUACAUUCUUUACUUGUACGUAAUUAAAGAAUUAUUAUUGUGCUACUUCCAUCCUUCUUUUCUCCAUUUUGGAAGAUAUAUAUAUAUGUAAACUUCGAACCCAAAACAAGAUAGAAAAAUGGAAAUGACAAUUUUGAA